UUUGAACAUUGAAAUUUUUUGUUUCCUGAAUUUCGGUUCUUUAAGUGGUAAUAUUGCCAAAUUACUGUAGUGAAUACAUAAGCCUCUCAUUUGAUUAAGCCUAUCCGCAAGCUGUGUUUGCUGCUAUGCUAACUAGCCAAAAACGAACUUUGCUUUAUAUUGUUUUUGUUAGUGUUAGCAUGCUUUCAGUUCAGUGACUACUAAACACAAUAGAAAAUCAUUUAUUAUACAAAGUAGGAAAUGUAAAGACGUUCAAGUAAUACAAGUACUUACCUUAGGUCUUCAAUGCUGCUGAGAUGCUAAGAGUUAGCUGAUAAACGAAAUUAACACUUCAUUUUUGAACUGUUUGGUUUAAUUUAGCCAAGUUUUAUAGUUUGUAUUUCCAAUUUAGCUCGUGGAGGUUUAAUUUUAUCCACGUGAGGGCGCUGUUAACGUACACUUUGAACUUGUCUGCGCCUGCUACACUUGCCAAGCUUCCGAACGCAGUGUCGGACCAUGGCCGAAGAAAGACCUCGUGCUGGAGUGCAGCCACCUUUGUCUAACAGGACCGAGCAGCACCCCUCUCUCAUGGCUAUGUACAUGGCCGCAGGUGUAGACCCCUCCCAACAAGAUGAGUUCACCUCCGGGACCCAAUGCCGCGACCGUGACCCAUCGGAGGUGUUCCUCACUGGGCCCAUUCCGUGGGGGAGAAUGACCCCCAACACUGCGACACAUUUGGGGCCGGCAUUGACUUGUUUCCAGCUCAACACUCCCCCGCCGCUCAUGACCACAAGUCCAGCUCCUCCAAAGAAAGCGGACCCCUUUCAGAGUGGGCCACACGCAUUUAGAGAAAUUGGCGGUCCAUUGCAGAUGCCUUCCGGCGUUCGGCCAGGUCGGAUGGUCCUCCAGCUGACCCCGGACGAGGACCAGGCGGUCACUGGUCUUCUCAAACUGCAAUACGAGGAGCCCAAAAACUCUCAAGUUGGCCAGGGAGGCUUUGUCCCAAUUGACGAGGCGCCGCCACCUCGGAAUAAUCGGGGAUGGCAGGAGUUCAGGCAAAUAGACGCGGUGGAGCAUUACGAGGAAUUCCUGCUUCCGUUGCCUUACGUGCAAGACGAUCAUCCGUGAUGCCGAAGACACGACAUCAAACAAUGUUCUGCUUGAAGUUUUUUUGUUAUUACAGUUUGACACUUUUACAAUGACAGCAUACGCAUUAAAAAAUAUUCUCUGUACAGCAUUUUACUGGUU